UGUGGAGGUGCAAGCCGAGGGCAGGCGCGGGGGGCCCGGCGGACGGCAGCUCGGCCGGGCUCCCAGGCCUCGGGCCUACCCGAACCCCCCCCUCCCCCCCGACUAAGUCUCCGUCCCGGUCCGCCCUUGGACUUGUUUGCUUCGGAGUCGUGGGCCCCGGCUGAGAACGGAAGCCCCACAGACUCCCAGGACACGCAAAGAAUCGCUUCUGUCGGGGGAAUCGCUCGAACUCAGACAUUCCGUCCUAGUGCGACCCGGCUGGGAUGAGGGCGCCAGGCAGGGCGUUAGGCGGAGGCCACCAUGGAGCCGUGUGAGAGCGUGGAGAGAGAGGUGGACAAGGUCCUACAGAAGUUCCUGACCUACGGGCAGCACUGCGAGCAGAGCCUGGAGGAGCUGCUGCGUUACGUAGGACAGCUGCGGGCUGAGCUGGCCAGUGCAGCUCUCCAGGGAACCCCUCUCUCAGCCACCCUCUCCUUGGUGAUGUCCCAGUGUUGCCGGAAGAUCAAAGACACCGUGCAGAAACUGGCUUCGGACCACAAGGACAUUCACAGCAGUGUCUCCCGAGUGGGCAAAGCCAUUGACAGGAACUUUGACUCUGAGGUGUGCGGUGUAGUCUCCGAUGCAGUGUGGGACUCCCGGGAGAAGCAGCAGCAGACCCUGCAGAUGGCCAUCGUGGAGCACCUGUACCAGCAGGGCAUGCUCAGCGUGGCUGAGGAGCUGUGCCAGGAAUCUACACUGAACGUGGACUUGGAUUUCAAGCAGCCUUUCCUGGAGUUGAAUCGAAUACUGGAAGCUCUGCACAAACAUGACCUGGGACCGGCAUUGGAAUGGGCCAUCUCCCACAGGCAGCGUCUGCUUGAGCUUAACAGCUCGCUGGAGUUCAAGCUGCACCGACUGUACUUUAUCCACCUCCUGGCUGGUGGCCCUGACAAGCAGCUGGAGGCCCUCAGCUAUGCCAGGCACUUCCAGCCCUUUGCUCGGCUGCACCAGCGGGAGAUCCAGGUGAUGAUGGGCAGCCUGGUAUACCUGCGACUGGGCUUGGAGAAGUCGCCCUACUGCCACCUCCUGGACACCAGCCACUGGGCUGAGAUCUGUGAGACCUUUACCCGAGAUGCUUGUUCCCUGCUGGGGCUUUCUGUGGAGUCACCCCUCAGUGUCAGCUUUGCCUCUGGCUGUGUGGCACUGCCCGUGCUGAUGAACAUCAAAGCUGUGAUUGAGCAGAGACAGUGCACAGGGGUCUGGAGUCACAAGGAUGAGUUACCGAUUGAGAUUGAACUAGGCAUGAAGUGCUGGUAUCACUCAGUGUUCGCCUGCCCCAUCCUUCGCCAACAAACAUCAGAUUCCAACCCUCCCAUCAAGCUCAUUUGUGGCCACGUUAUCUCCCGAGAUGCACUCAACAAGCUCAUUAAUGGAGGAAAGUUGAAGUGUCCCUACUGUCCCAUGGAGCAGAACCCAGCAGAUGGGAAACGCAUCAUAUUCUGACCCCUGUCUGGAAGGAACUUUAUUUAAAGAGAUUUUUCACCCACGAGACUUGCUGUCUCAUUGGAGUGGAUUGGGUUCAUUUCAGAAUUGCCUGAGUGCCACAGCAGGGGCCAAGGAGGGAGAUGAACCAACCUGCACUGGGCAGCUGGCGCCUUGACUGUACGGGCAGGGAGAGGCUGGCCUCUGUAUUCCUGCUGUCUCCGUUUAUGUUUGCCACUGACUUAGUAGCAAUGGACAGAGGAGCACAGGACUUGGAUGGCGGCAGCAACUGUCUUUCAUCUCUGCCCUCAGCCAGGUCUUACUACCAUACCAACACCAUACCCACUGCUCCCACUGUACAGCCUUACAACUGACUGUAUCCAUCAUCCACCAGUAAAUACUCUGGGACAGAACUGAAUGCCAUUUUUUUUUUAUAACUUUGAACAAAUAUAUUCACAGGCCUUCUCCUUC